CAGUUAAAUAAACUGUAAAUUUUAAAGGAACCCAGAAAAAUAGUUCCUUAAAAGCUCCCUUCGCGUCUGCACGAGCAUGCUCCGAGUAAAUAGCAGGUGAAGUGUCAUUCCUGCAUUUGAGAUGUGUGCAGCCAUGAGACGGAACUUGACACUGCAGGCGCACGGAGCGCGGAGAUCAGGUUAGAAACAGAACAUCUCCAAAUCGCAUUCCGCAUACUGAAAUCUAAUCCGAGGACAUCAGGAUGUGUGACAUAAUCCUCAAGACAUCUGAAAACUUCGCUCCUCCAAACAAGGCUCCAGGGGUGGUUUGGAGAGAAAUGCGGACCUCUGUUACUCACUGUUUGCGCUCGCAUGGGUCUAUAAAAGAGGGGGCGGACACCAACUGCCCCCCAAACGUCAGAGCGCAUUGAACUAUAAAUCUUUCCAAACAGCCCCUCUGCGCCUGGCGCGGUGCUGUGCGCAGACAUCUGCCCUGCUUUCGUCCAAUAUGAGGACGACGCGUGUGGAGACCUCUGCGUAAACACAGAGUGACUUGGAGGAAGUAGAAAACAUUUAUCUAAAUAUCUGUUGUUUACUAUGGCGAGAUUGGUGAGAAAUACCGGAGAUUCUGGACAAAGUACAAUUGAGCUGUUUUACCAAGAGGCAGAUGAGCGGUAACAACGCACCUCUGGGGCUUUUAUAGUUUGUUGGACACUCUGAUGUCUUCAUUGGACUCCUUUCGAUCGGAGAUGGUGGAGCUCUCUCGGAUUUCCAGAGUGGAAACGUAGCAUCCAAUUAAUCAGCGACUGCAACUGAACUCCGUGAGGCGCAGAGGCACUUUGGUCCGCCGUCUUCAGAGACGCAUGGUUUAUUCAGUGCACUGGGUCGGAGUACGGAGAACAAAUCUGGCACAACAGAGCGGCCUUUUCUUUCUGUACUUGGACUAAUAUUGGUUUAAGGGAAUUCUCCUUUUGGAGAUUCUGACAUGAUUUACGCAGCUAAGUCAGCUGGGGACACUCCAGGAGUUGCGCGUUCUGUCUGGAUUUUACUAUAAACUACCAAGAAAAUAUUAGGUCUGCAUGGGCCAUAUGUAAGCUUUCAUCAUAGGAACUGAGUCUAAGAUGAAGUUAUGGGAUGUUCUGGCCACGUGUUUCUUGCUCCUGACCUCUGUCGCUACACGGCCUCUCUACCAAAACACUCAGCAAGCCAAGAGGACUCGCUUCCCCAGCAGCUACAGUGAUUCUGGGUCUCUGUCUGUGGAAGACGAAGAGCCACUGUUCCAGCGUGAAGAGCACAAGCUUCAGGAGAUCUCCAUGGAAGAUCAGUAUGACAUAGAGGCUCCCUAUCCAGACCAGUUUGAGGAUGUGAUGGAUUUUAUCGAGGCUACCAUCGGCAGACUCCGGAGGUCAUCGGAAACUAGCGGGAACGCCGCAGGACGACGGGAGCAGAGACAGAGAGGAGCAGCAAACACAAGAGGCACGAGAGAAGAGAGGAGAGGGCAUGGGGGGAAGAAGAGGGGUCGAGGCCGAGGAGGAGGCCGAGGAGGCAAGGGAGGCGGAGCGCAGAGAGAAAAGGACAGGAUAUCUGUACAGAGUCGUGGUUGCUUACUAAAGGAGGUCCAUCUCAAUGUGACGGAUUUGGGGCUGGGGUACCAGACCAAGGAGGAGCUGAUCUUCCGGUACUGUAGCGGGCCCUGCAUUGAGGCGGAGACCAACUACGACAAGAUCCUGAACAACCUCACACACAACAAAAAGCUGGACAAGGACACGCCCUCACGCACCUGCUGUCGACCGAUCGCCUUCGACGACGAUCUGUCUUUUUUGGACGACGACGUGGUGUAUCACACGCUGAAAAAGCACUCGGCCCGGAAGUGUGCCUGCGUCUGAGGAAGUCACGACGAAAUGCCGCAGCGGACUUUGGAUCAUCUCAGCAGAUGCUGCGCACGGAGGGAUUGCAGUCAGACGUGGGCUCUGGAGGGCAGCGUGUGUAGUCUCUUAUUUUUGUCAGCUGAUAUCAAGACGGGUCAUGGUGGAUUACGGCGAGAGCUCGUGAGAGACAAUGGAACAGCCGCUAAAGAAACAAACUCACAUAUAAUCCUCCAGGUUGUGCGUAGCGGUACCAGUUUAAAGCAGAUUAAAUACUGUUACACUUACAGAAUGCUGUCAAAAAAGAAGGUGAAGAAAAACUGAUCUUGCAAGGAGGAUUUAAUUUCCCAGGAAUUCAGUUUUUCCUUAGCUGGCUGUCUCCAGAUGAGUGCAGAGAGUUGAGGAACCUCUCUCAGUCGUAGUCUAAAUCACCUCCUCAGUAGAGUCUUGAUGUUGACAUUCAGAGCCAAGGAAAACACACCAAGGUGCAGAAAAGACUGGUGGAAUGCAUCCGCAUAAGAAAAGCAAUCAGCAUACAGCAAUCAUAUAUAAGAGGUUUGUGUAAGAGGUAUAUUUAUUGAGAUGGAAUUAACUUAUUGUUAUUUAUUUCAAUCCAUUUUAUGAAAGAAAAAGCUGUUUUUUUUUCUUCUUCUAUUUAUUAAAUUGUUUCAUUUGUUCUGGACAGUGCCAAAGUAGAGAGUUUUCCCAUGCAAAAUAUUUCAGGAUUUUCUCAAAACUGCUAAGCUUUCCCAGACAUCUUGGAAAUGCUUUUUUUGUUUGUUUUUUUGCCUUGUCAUUUAAAUUCCAGCUAUAUUUAACCAUCCAAAUGAUGGUUAUUCAACAUAACGGCAACAUACAGAGACAGAGGAGGGGACCAGUAGAUGAGUUAUGGUAGAAACGAUUGGUUGAUUUAAAGCAUUUCGAGACAGCGGUGUAGUUUCCAUCAUUUUUCACUUAAUGUGACCGCUCUUUGACAUGGGAAACGUUAUCUCUCUCCUCACACGUCUCGACUUCUACAUUAAAAUCAUCCAUUCUUUAUACUCUGUUUCUAUAGAGACGCAUCAUAAACAACACUCUUUGGUGUGAAUGUUGUUACUGCAGGAACAAGGCUCAAAGUUUGCUAUUUUUUAGUAUCAGUGAGUUGACUGAAGCAAAAAAAAAAAAA